CCACCUCGUCGCCACCGCCCUUUCGGCCACCAUGGCCAAAUUCCUCAUCCCAAUCAUCAUCUUUCAUGUCGGCCUCGUGCCGAUCGCUGUCGCGGCUGCUGCAGCAGCAGCAGCAGCCGCCGCCGCCGCCGCACCACCACCAGCAGUGGCCGACGAUGACCGGUCCGCGCUCCUCGCUUUCCGGUCGAACGUCUCGGCUGACUCCGGUGGCGCCCUCGCGGACUGGGGCCGCUCGCCGGAGUUCUGCAACUGGACGGGCGUCAUGUGCGGCGGCCCCGGCAGGCGGCGUGUCACGCAGCUGGUGCUUAGUGGGAAGGGGUUGUCCGGCGUGAUCUCGCCGGCGCUGGGGCGGCUGUCUUUCGUCACGGUUCUUGACCUGUCGAGCAAUGCUUUCUCCGGCGCGAUCCCGCCGGAGCUAGGCGCGCUGUCGAUGCUGGCGCAGCUGAGCCUGACCAGCAACCUCCUCGAGGGGGCGAUCCCCGCCGGCCUCGGGUUCCUCCAGAGGCUCUACUACCUCGACCUCAGCGGCAACCGGCUCUCCGGCGGCAUACCGGAGACGCUCUUCUGCAACUCCUCCGCCUUACAGUACUUGGACCUCGCCAACAACUCCCUCGCCGGCGACAUCCCCUACGCCGACGAGUGCCGCCUCCCCAGCCUCCGGUACCUACUCCUCUGGUCGAACGACCUGUCCGGCGCGAUCCCGCCGGCGCUCGCCAACUCCUCCAUGCUCGAGUGGAUCGACUUCGAAUCCAAUUACCUCUCCGGCGAGCUGCCGUCGCAGGUGUUCGACAGAUUGCCGCGGCUCCAGUACCUCUACCUCUCGGACAACAACCUCUCCAGCCACGACGGCAACACCGACCUCGACCCCUUCUUCCGCUCCCUGAGGAACUGCACUCACCUGCAGGAGCUCGAGCUCGCCGGGAACGACCUCGGCGGGCGGCUUCCACCGUUCGUCGGCGAGCUCCCGCGGGCCCUCCGGCAGCUCCACCUCGAGGACAACGCCAUCUCGGGCUCCAUUCCGCCCAACAUCUCCGGCCUCGUCAACCUCACGUACCUCAACCUCUCCAACAACCUGCUCAACGGCUCCAUCCCGCCGGACAUGUCAAACAUGCGGCGGCUCGAGCGGCUGUACCUGUCGAACAACCUCCUCUCCGGCGAGAUCCCCAAGUCCAUCGGCGAAAUACCACACCUCGGACUCGUCGAUUUCUCCGGCAACCGUCUCGCCGGAGCGAUCCCGGACACAUUCUCCAACCUGACGCAGCUCAGGCGGCUGAUGCUGCACCACAACCAGCUCUCCGGCGCCAUUCCCCCCAGCCUCAGCGACUGCCUCAACCUGGAAAUCUUGGACCUCUCCUACAAUGGCUUACAAGGCCCCAUCCCGGCGUACGUCGCCGCCCUGAGCAGCCUCAAGCUCUACCUGAACCUGUCCAACAACCACCUGGAGGGCCCUCUCCCUCUCGAGCUCAGCAAGAUGGACAUGAUCCUGGCGCUCGACCUGUCGGCGAACAGGCUCGCCGGCACGAUCCCGUCGCAGCUCGGCAGCUGCGUGGCGCUCGAGUACCUCAACCUCUCCGGCAACGCGCUGCGCGGCGCGCUCCCGGCGUCCGUGGCGGCGCUGCCGUUCCUGGCCGUGCUCGACGUGUCGCGCAACGCGCUCUCCGGACCCCUGCCCGGGUCCCUGCAGGCGUCCACGUCGCUCCGCGAGGCGAACUUCUCGUACAACAACUUCUCCGGCGUGGUGCCGCACGCCGGCGUGCUGGUGAACCUGCCGGCGUCGGCGUUCUGCGGCAACCCCGGUCUGUGCGGCGACGUUCCCGGCGGCAUUGUCAAGUGCGAACCGGAGCGUGCGCGCCGCCGCCGGCCGCUGGUCCCUGCCGUCGUUGGCAUCGUCCUCGCCGUGUCCGUCAUGCUCGGUGCAGUCGGGUGCCGGUCCAUGGUGACCGCGAGGGCGAAGCGGCUGGGGCGCCAGCCGGUGCGCCUCGCCGACGGCGAGGACCAAGCGGAGGGAGAGCACCCGAGGAUAUCGUACCGAGAGCUCUGCGAGGCGACCGGCGGCUUCGUCCAGGAGGGCCUGAUCGGCGCCGGGCGAUUCGGGCGCGUCUACGAGGGGACGCUCCGCGGCGGCGCGCGCGUCGCCGUGAAGGUGCUGGACCCGAGGGGCGGCGGCGAGGUCUCCGGCAGCUUCAAGAGGGAGUGCGAGGUGCUCAAACGGACACGGCACAAGAACCUCGUCCGGGUGAUCACCACCUGCAGCACGGCCAGCUUCAACGCGCUCGUGCUCCCCCUGAUGCCCAAGGGCAGCCUCGACGGCCUCCUCUACCCGCCCGGCGACAAUGGUGGCGGCAGUGGCGGCCUCGACUUCGGUCAGAUCAUGGGCAUCGUGAGCGACGUCGCCGAGGGGAUGGCCUACCUGCACCACUACGCGCCGGUCAGGGUCGUGCACUGCGACCUCAAGCCGAGCAACGUCCUCCUCGACGAGGGGAUGCGCGCCGUGAUCUCGGACUUCGGCAUCGCCCGGCUUGUCGCCGGCGAAGCCAGCCGCACCGGCGACGAGUCCGCCCCGUGCAACUCCAUCACCGGACUGUUGCAAGGCUCAGUUGGGUACAUCGCACCUGAGUACGGAUUGGGAGGGCAUCCUUCGACACAGGGCGACGUGUACAGCUUCGGCGUGAUGCUCCUGGAGAUGAUCUCCGGGAAGCGGCCAACGGACGUGAUCUUCCAGGAGGGGCUCACGCUGCACGACUGGGUGAGGGGGCACUACCCGCACGACGUGGGCGCCGUCCUCGCGCACGCGCCGUGGCGGGUGCGGGCGCCCGCGGCCGCGGCGGCGGCCGAGGUGGCCGUCGUCGAGCUCAUCGAGCUCGGGCUCGUGUGCACGCAGCACUCGCCGGCGCUGCGGUCCACCAUGGCGGACGUCUGCCACGAGAUCACGCUGCUCAAGGAGGACCUCGCCCGCCACGGCGACGGCGACGGCUGCCGCCGCUCGUUCUCGACCAAGGACUCGCUGUUCUCCAACUGAAUUGACAUCGAAUUGUUUAGGACACAAAUCCAUCAGUGCAUGCACGGCUGCACGCACACGACACGCCGGCCGGGAAACAUCGUCGCGAUGCUAGCUAGCAGCCGCUGCUGUUUCCAUGGUGGUGGAUUCGACGGGUCGUCUCCCUCAACUCCGGCCGCCACCACCAUGGGAUUUGUUUAUUCCAAUGCUGGGAGCCGCCUACUACUAAAACUGGUGCUGAUUCUUUGAGUUGUUAAUUCUGCAAUGGAAGAGGCACUCGAUUGA